CUAUAUAAGCAGGGACGGGUAGUAAACAGGAGCAAAGACCGAGCUUUGGAAACUGAAACGUGCGUAAAGGAGCAACUGGGUUCAGAAUGAAAACCAUCUGCUUUAUGCUGCUCUGCCUGGCCGUGGCAUAUGCAGCGCCAGUCAGUUCACAAGGAAGAGAACAAGAAAACUUGCGGUUCGUUCAGAAGUACUUGGAAAAAUAUUACAACUUCACAUCAGAUGGGCAACCAGUUUUUAGACAGGCCAACAGCCCUUUGGUUAAAAAAAUCAAAGAAAUGCAAAAAUUCAUGGGGCUCCAGGUGACGGGCAACCUGGAUUCUAAUACGUUGGAGGCGAUUCAGAAACCCAGGUGUGGAAAUCCAGAUGUUGGGGAUUUUGGCUUCUUUCCGGGACAACCCAAAUGGGAGAAGAAAGACCUGACCUACAGGAUUGUGAACCAUACGCCAGAUAUGGACUCAAGUGAUGUGCACGAAGAGAUUGCGAAAGCGUUUAAAGUGUGGAGCCGAGUUACACCCUUGACAUUCGAACCCAUUCAAGUCGGUGAUGCAGAUAUUAUGAUCACUUUUGCUGAAAGAGAGCAUGGCGAUUUCAAUCCCUUUGAUGGUCCUGGCGGGACUGUUGCCCACGCCUAUGCUCCCGGCAGAGGUAUUGGAGGAGAUGCUCAUUUUGACGAGGACGAAAAGUGGACCAACGGCUUGGAAGGUGCCAACCUGUUUUUUGUUGCUGCUCAUGAAUUUGGCCACUCGCUUGGGCUCUACCAUUCCCAGGACCCCCAAGCCGUGAUGUUCCCAGUGUAUAGCUACACCCAGCUCACUCAAGACGUUCUCUCCCAGGAUGAUAUCCAAGGCAUUCAAUUCCUCUACGGAUCAACACCUAACCCACCUGAGGAGGACCCAGUGGAAGACGACAUACCAAGAGCACCCGCCAGGCCAUCCCAACCUGCAAUACCAACUGCCUGUGAUCCUCAUUUGACAUUUGAUGCUGUCUCUAACUUUCGGGGAGAAAUAUUGUUUUUUAAAGACAAGUAUUUCUGGCGAAAGCACCCCCGUUACGCAGAGCUUGACUUUAGUUUAAUUUCCGCAUUCUGGCCAUUUUUAACAUCCAGCGUUGAUGCCGUUUCUGAAAAUAGUGAUAAAGAUGUGGUGUUUCUUUUUAAAGGCAACCAAUUUUGGGCCGUGAAAGGAGACUCCAGGCUUCCUGGCUACCCCAAGCGCAUCCAUACCUUGGGCUUCCCGAAAGACGUCAAGAAAAUCGAUGCAGCAUUUUACAAUAGCAAUGAAAAAACGACAUACUAUUUUUCAUCUGACAGAUACUGGAGAUAUGAUGAAGCUAGCCAAACCAUAGACAAGAAACCCAUGAGAAUAAGUGAUGGCUUCCCAGGUGUUAAUGGGAAGGUUGAUGCUGCCUUUCAACAUAAUGGAUUCUUUUACUUCUUCAGUGGAACAAGUCAACAUGAGUUUGACCCCAAUAGCAAGAGAGUUACUCGGAUCACAAGGGCAAACAGCUGGUUUCCAUGCAGAGGUUAAACCACUGAAGAUAUAGAAAACAGCUGUUCAGAAAUCACCAUAUUAGCACUGGUCCACUGGUGCUGGUUAUAUAUUUAUAACGCACACAAAUGGCAGCUACUUUGUAUGACUACAUGUGCAAGAGAUCCAAACAGAUGUCCUUGAAAUUUCAAACUUGGAAGCUGGCAUACCAGUUAGCUUGACCUCCGUUAUCCAUAUUCUGGUCACUUCCAAGUGGUUUAGACUACUGCAAAGUGCUUUGUGUGGGGCUGCCUUUGAAGACUGUUUAGACACUGCAGUUAGUGCAGGACCCAGGUGCCAUAUUACUACGGUAACUCCAGAACGUGUGUUAAGGUGAUGUUAUACCUGUAUUGGGCCAAUUGCACUGGCUCCCCAACUCCCAGUACUGAAAUGUAUAUCAGUACUGUCUUUUCUGUAGUUUUGUGAUGACUAGUGUUUUUUAGCAGAUAAACUUGACUGGCUGACUUUCACCUAUGUUAAGUGCCACGUUUUUACGACUGCAGCAUAAAUGUUCAGUCUGUGAACUUUGUGCCUGACACUUGCAUAAUAUUCUCAUCUUCAUUAUUCCAUAUGUUGACUGCUGGCGUUCACAUAUAAAAACCUUCGCCAACUUGGUGCCAUCCAGAUGUUUUGGACCACGGCUCCCUUAAAUGACAGCUGGCUGGGGCUGAUGGGAGUUGUGGUCCAAAAAAAUCUGGAGGGCACCAGGUUGAUGAUGGCUGAUCUAUACCAGGCCUAGGCAAACUUGGCACUCCAGAUGUUUUGGGACUACAACUCCCAUCAUGCCUGAGCACUGGUCUUGUUAUGAUGGGAGUUGUAGUCCCAAAAUAUCUGGAGGGCCGAGUUUGCCUAUGCCUGAUCUAUACUAAUAGCAAUUUUAAUUCUCUCCAUAGCUAGAACAGUAGCAUCCAUACAGCAGAAUGGUGAGGUUUUAAACAUAUUAGAAUUUAUUCCCCACCCCCACCCCCCGUUAGCUACUUGGAGAUCCUUGGAUGGGGAGCACUCUGUACAUUAUUUGAGCUACUAAAUAAAAGCAAUAAACCCAAAGUUUUGCAAAAGGACAAAAAAGUUUUAAGGGGGGAAGUUGAAGGAGAGAGAAACCCCUAAACAAAGACUGAGCAAGUUCAGUAGCCACAAAAUGGGGGAAAUGGAAAUCUGGGCUGAGCGGGGAAACAGUAGCCUGGAACCAAGAGCAAUCCAUACUGCAACAUUUUGUUGCAGGCCCCAUUUCUUUGUUUAUCAGUGAGCAUGUGGAUUUAGCCCAGCUGUCUGUAUGUACCUCUUUCUCAUAUGAUGCUUGAUAAUUCAUGAAUAAAGUAUUUUUUUUU